AUGGCUCGCCGGCUAGUCCGAGCGAGCGUACAGCUCGGGUUAAUCGCUACAUUCAUUCUACUCGUGGUCGUUAUUCUCGAUAAUCGAUUCUCUGUCCUUCCCUCCUCCAUUCAUGGCCACCUCCCGUCGCAUUAUUCCGGCUACGUGAUCACAGACAUAACUGUCACAAAAUGCUCCUCCCUCAAUCCAUUCUCCACAUGUAAGCUGGACCCAGAAACAUGGUAUCGCGUCGAUAAAGACCUUUACCUGCGCUCGGGUUGGACCUCGAGUGCCUACGUCCAAUUCCAGCGGAAAAAGGAGGAGGAAUUGACUGCAGAUGACAAAGUUGUCAUCGAUUUGAAGAUCAGUCGUCUUACUCCGCCGUCUGAAUACGUUGCUGGCACAACACAUAUUGAAGCUUGGGAGGCCCGACCGGGAGGUAUCUGGCUCAAGCGCUCGUCCUCUCGCCAUGCUAGUGACUCCGAAAAUGCUGUGACAUACGUCGAUGUUCUUUAUGGAGCGGAUGCUGUUGAUCCCCGUCCCAAUUGGGAGGUCAAAGACACUCCGAUUCUUCUGGACAGUUCGACAGAACAGCUGGAGACUCGAUUGAGCAUUCGGAGAGGGCAUCCCCAGGCCAAACCCAAGAAGCCUGUUCCAAGAAUCAACGAGAAUGGAAAAUUCAAAGUUAUGCAACUGGCAGAUCUUCACAUGAGCACGGGUCUCGGUGCCUGUCGUGACCCUAUCCCUGCGGAGGCUGUCCCUGGCCAGAGGUGUGAGGCUGACCCUCGAACAUUGGAAUUUGUCGAAAGGCUUCUUGACGAAGAGAAGCCAGACAUGGUCGUUUUCUCCGGAGACCAGAUCAAUGGAGAAACCGCUCCAGAUGCGCAGAGUGCGCUUUUCAAGUCGACCUCCCUUUACUCUCUUUCUGCCGCCGGCCCCGAAGACAUUGACGGGGUCGGCAACUACAUUGUCGAAGUUCUCGACCGGGGCAAAUCCGACCAUUCUGCCCUCACCUUCUAUCUCCUUGACACACAUGCCUACUCUCCCGACGAGCGUCAAUUCCGCGGCUACGACUGGAUCAAGCCGAGUCAAACACGGUGGUUCAGGAACACUGCCCAAAGUCUGAGAAGAAAACAUAAAGAAUACUCACAUAUCCACAUGAACGUGGCAUUCAUACACAUCCCGCUUCCCGAGUAUCGGACGCAAGGAAAGUAUUUUAAGGGUGCAUGGAUGGAAGCUCCUACCGCCCCGGGGUUCAAUUCUGGCUUUAAAAGUGCUCUCGAAGAAGAGGGCGUUCUGUUUGUUAGCUGCGGACAUGACCACGUCAAUGACUAUUGCAUGCUUGAGCAAGAUGCCACCAACAAGCCCUCUCUUUGGAUGUGCUAUGGCGGCGGCGUCGGUUUGGGCGGCUACGGUGGCUACGACAAGUAUGUCCGACGAGUACGUUUCUAUGACUUUGACAUCGGUCCCGGUCGCGUCACCACAUACAAGCGAUUGGAAUGGGGCCAAACCGAAGCCAGAAUCGACGAAAUGAUGAUUGUGGAAGGCGGUACCGUCAACGGCCCAGAAGAAGCAUCAUAA